AUGGUAACAACUAAACCACCUGCAUCAAAGAAGAAUAAAAAAAAAGUUAAAGGAAUGGAUACUGCCCUAACAGAUGGUGUACAACAAAAUCUUUCAAAAAAACAUUCUCAAAUGUAUCUUGAGAAUGCUCUUCUUUCUGAUCCUAAUAUUCCAUUAACAAGGAAAAAAAUGACACUUUUUCAGGAUUGUCUUGAGCAACGGAAUCGUUUAACUCCUCGAGAAAGAUAUAUGACAGCAGCUUUAGAUGCAAUUGAUGAUACCGAUGAUGAAGUUACAUUAAUAGCUUUAAGGGAUUUAGUUGAUCAUUGGAGAGCUUACAAUACCUCACAAACAUCACCAAACGAACAAUUUCAUCUUCAUAUUUUAACAUAUAUGCCAUUUUAUUUUUUUCGUAUAGCUCCAGAUGCAAUAAUUAAGUCUUAUAUUACUGUCUUUGAGGCUUGUUUAAAAAAUUACCUCAUGAAAUAUCCUAAUAUUGAAUUCAGGGAAGGUGAAAAACCAACAAAUCAAAUGAUAAUUAAUAUUGAAAAAGGUAUCCGUGAAUCUCUUUACAAAAGACAUACUAAAAAAGUUGUCUAUCGUUGUUACUUAUCUUUCAUGAGGAUUCUCAAUUUUUCUUCUCUAGAUAGUAGUGAUAUUGAUGCUAUGUAUAAUUUGAUAAUUUUUCAUGAUUUAACAAAUAUUGUUACACAUAUCUUAAUGAUAGAUUUGGAAAAGAAAAGAAAUGAAGCUAGGCAUAUACAUUGUCUUACAUAUUAUUUAACAACAUCUAGUCAAGAUAUAAGAUUUUUAAUUUAUGAUAAAAUACUUCCUGAAAUGGUAUCUUCAAGUGUUUUACAGGAAUGGUUUAUUAAAAAUUUUAAUACUAUUACUGGAGGACAUCAUACUCAUAAAACAGUUGUUCAGUCAACUUCAUCAACAAUGGAAAUUGAUCCAGAACAUUAUGCUUCAGAGAGUCGAAUUGUUUUAGCACAAAUAUUAUCAGGUAUGGUACCACAUGAAAAAACAAUUUUACGUGAAAAAAUACAUUGGAAAAAAUUAAUUGGUUUAAAAGAUAUGAUAAAAAUUGUUUUUGGUUCUCAUACUAGAGUAGCAAUAACAGCAAUGUCAUUAAUAUUAUUAAAUAAAACUUCAAAUUUAAUUACAAAAGAAGAAUUUGACAUAAUAAUUGGAGGUUUUUAUAUUCAUGCACCUAAUUGUACCAAUAAUACUAUUGAUCCAUUUAUGAAUGUAAUGUCAAAAGUUAUGAGAAUCCUUUGUGAUGGUGGUGAAGUUAUUCUUAAAGAUAUAUUUAGAGAAAUGCCAAUUGAAAAUUUUUUAAUUCAUACUAAAAUAUGUUUUAAUGAAAUGAUUAAUAAAAUGUUUGCUUGGUGUUUUUUAAAAGAAGCACCUAUGUUAAAUAGAAUUGGUGCUUCAAUGUUAGAACUUAUUUAUAUAAAAAAUGGUUUUAAAGGAGGAAAAGGAUCAUCAAAAGUAAAAUAUCAUAAUUAUAUUAAUUGUGAUUCAUUUAUAACUAUGGAAUUAAUGAAUAAAUCAUUAGAAGGUUUAAAACAUGCUGAAAGUUAUGUCAAAGAUGUUAUUAGUUGUAUUAUUAAAAAUAAUACUCAUGUUACAAUUAUUAAACAAAAACUUGAAGAAUAUAUUCAAUUAACUAUUGCUUCAAGAAAUGUUUCACAAGUUGGAUAUAUUCAAACAUUGUUAGAAAUUUUUUCUAAAAGUGAUGAUUUUAAUUUGGGUAUUAUGAUAAAUAAAAUAGAAGAAUUAUUACCAUUUCAGACAUAUAGUGAACAAUAUAUUCAAUUUAGUGGUGAUAAGACUCAUAUUUAUGUUGCUUUAUCAUUAUUUUCAACAGUCUUUAGUUUACCAAAAUUUGAGGAAGAAUUUACAAAGAAGGCUAAAGAUUUGACAUGGUUUGCCAAAUUUAAACACCAUUUUUUGACAUAUUUUUUUAUUUUUCAAGGUGAAAGAGAUAAUGUUAUACAAAGUGAAUAUCCUGAAGGAUACAUUUCAGAACAUGAUAGAAAAAGUAUUGAAAAAUUUAAUAGUGAUAAUCCAUCAUGUCCUAUAAAUGAAGCAACCUUUGCUCGUGAUAAUCUUGCUUUAUCAAUGAGAAUAACAAAAUGUAUUAGUUCAAUUCUUGUAUCAUUAAUUAAAAUGUCUUCCUUUGAACAAUUAUUUGAUUAUAAUUUUAGAAAAUUAAUGGUUGGAUAUUAUUUUCAUCAACUUAUUAAUACAAGACAUGUUGGCAGUUACCGAGUAGUUAGUCAACAUUUUCAAGAAGUUUGUAAAAAGUAUUCUGAAGUUAAAUUUAUUAAUGACUCUAAAAAUUGUACCUCUAAUGGACCAUUAGAUGUUAUAACAUAUGGUAAUGAAGAUGGUCUUUUGGAUUCAUUAAAUUUAGAAGGAUACUCUUAUCAAUGGAUAGAAAAUAUUUAUGAAUAUUAUGAAAAAGAAAAGUAUAAAGAUAGAAAAUUAAAACCUAAACAAAAAUAUGAAUUUAGAAGAAGUGCAGGAAUACCAUAUUUAAUAUCAACAAUGUUAAUGUAUGAAAAAUUUGAUGAAAAUAAGGAGUAUCAAUAUAUGAAUAAAAUAAUGAAAUCUAUUCAAGAUAGAACAGAAGAGUUAAGUGAAAAUGAUUUAACUGAAAUAUAUAUUUUAAAAUCACUUUUAACAAAUAAAAGUUUAUCAAAAAGAACUGAACAAUACUUAAGUCAUUGGUUGAUAUUUUGUUUUCAAAAUUGUUAUCGAACAAAUUUUUCAAUCAAAAAUAGUAUAUUUCAAUUAUAUGUUGUUGUUUUAACAAGGAUAUUUGGUAAUCCAAAAAUUCAAAGAGAUAGUUUUUUUGUUGAAGAUAGAUUAAAAGUUAAAUGUGGUAUAUUUUUUAAAAAGUAUCCUGAAUUAUAUGAAUUAAUACACCAACUACUAUUUCAUGAUAAAAAACCUAAUGAACAAAGGUUAUUAUUUACAUCAAUGUUAUUAUCAUAUAUAAAACCUGAUAAUCGAGGUGAUCCUCCAACUAUUUAUGAAACAUCUCAUUUAAUUCCAAAUCUUUUGAGGUGCCUUUUACAGUGUAGAGAUUUACUUACAAAAAAUACUAUUAUAGCAUCUAUUUGCUCUAUUAGUACUGUUGCUGAUUUUGAAGCUAUCUCAAAAUGGUUAUACUCAUUACUAAUAAAAGAGUUAGCUGUUAGCUCCAUAAUAAGUAUACUUUGUUUUCUUCAUGAUUAUCUUACAUCAAAUGCUCCUAUUGUUCAAACAUAUUUUGAUUUAUGUUAUCAUAUUAUUACACAAAUUCAGGGUAAUCUAGCUACCAGACAAUUUCCUGAUUAUGCAAUGAUUGUCUUUUUCCGUCUUAUAAAAGUUUUGGAACGUCUUCUUCCAAAUGGUGGACAUGACAAAAUUGAUAUUAGAAGUGAACAACUAGAAAUUAUUUAUAAAAAUUCUGGUCAAGCUCUUCGUGAUACCAUUGCACGAUUUAUUGCAACACACCAAGAUUUAGAUUAUGUUUUAUGUGAAAUACCUAAAUGUUUACCAAAUUAUUUAAGAUAUAUUGCCUAUGAUAAAGAAUGCCAUUCAUUUACACCAGAAGGAAUGGCACGUCUCCUUACAGCUAAUUUUGACUGUCCAGAAAUUAAAAAAAUUAUUCUUCAUCUUUUUAAUACAAGAAAAUUUCCGGAUAGUUGUGUUGAACCAAUAGUUAGGUGGAUUAAAAAAAUUAAAGAUGAAAAGGAUGAUCUUUUGGAUGAUCAAGAAUUUUAUCUUUUAUUAAUAUCAUUAGAAUCAAAAAUAAGAAAUGCUAAACAUUGGACAUAUCAAUUAUUAGAAAAAGAUAUUGAAAUGAUAAGAAUGGAAAUGAGAAAACCUAAACUUAGAAGUAGAAUAGUUGCUAUUGAUGUAAUACAAUCAUUAUUACAAGAAGCUAUUAAUAAUGGUGCAUCAACACAUACACUUGUUCAAGCUCUAUUUCCAUUAUUGAAAGAUGAGGAUAAAGCAAUAGCUCGUACUGCCAGUAGAAUAUUAGCACGAACUUUUAAGUUAUCUUCUAUUGAACCAAAUGCUGAGUUAAUGUUAACAUUAAUUCUUUAUGCUAGACCUAAAUAUAUAAUAGAGUACAAUGAAUUUAUUAAUUAUACUGAUGAUGAAGAUGAAGAAGAACAAUUAUAUAAUAGAUAUAAUCAAGAUUUGGUAAUAUUUAUGCCAGCAGUAGAAAAAAAUAAAAGAUUUCGUUUGGAUGAAUUGGUUAUUCCACCAUAUGCUUUAAGUGAAAUUUAUAGUUUCUUAUCUGAACAUGCAACAUAUGGUCGUAUAGGUAUUCAUCAAGAAAUUAUAAGAAUGACAAAACAAUUUCGUGAAAAACAAAUUUCCCUAGAAGAUUAUAUAGAAGAUUUUUCUCGUACAGUUUGUUGGUAA